AAAUCUUAGGAAAUUGACGGAAUUUUCUUCAUUGGUGUUUCAUUGUGUAUUGUGGGGUAGUUGUAUUGUUUAUUAUUUAAAAAUAAAUAAUAAAUAAUACGCACUAGCUAAUGUUUGUGUCGUGGAUUUUAUAUUUGAAUUAAUCGUGAAACUCGCAUUAUCCUUUCCUCGUAGGAUUUUACUGAAGUGUUUUUUUUUAAACUGCGGAGUAGUGCGAGUGCUCGUCAUCGUAUCGAUAUGUCUUGGCGGUUAAAACAAUAACAAAAUGGACGAGCGACAACACAACACAAGUUAACACCAAGCCCGUUUGAAAUCUGUGAUUAUUUAAGAAAACGAUCUCAUAGAACAUUAGUGUAAGAAAUGCCUGCGAUAUUGACGAAGAUCAGGGAGCAGGCGUCGCGGGUGCAGCCCUCGAUCGCCCUGGGGGUUGGAGUCGGUGUGGCGUUGGCAGCGUGUGCGGUGUACGGUACAAGGGAGAAAAAACAAGUGCCUCCGUGCAACAAUAAUAAUAAUUAUAAGGUAACUAAAAAUGGCAACCUCCACGCAGUCGACAACGGGACGACCAAGGAGACGUGCGGGGGCCGCUGCGGCGCCGAGCAGUGCGCCCUCUGCCGCGGCGAGGUCGACACCGACAACAAACAGAAUAUUGAAGAUGCAGACGAGACCCAAUCUGUGGAAGAGCACGUGCCAGGCCUCAACCUGGAGUUCCUCAGGCAGCUAGUGACGCUGGCGAGGAUCAUGGUGCCAGGGUUCAGAAGCCACGAGGUGGCGCUACUGUCGGUGCACACGCUGUGCCUGUUCUCGAGGACAUUCCUGUCUAUAUAUGUCGCUUCGUUAGAAGGUUCUAUAGUAAAACACAUAGUCCAAAAAGACAUGCGUAGUUUCGCAGCAUUACUCCUCCAGUGGUUCGGGAUAGCCAUCCCGGCCACCUUCAUCAACUCCAUGAUCAGAUACCUGGAGAGCAGGCUGGCCCUGGCGUUCAGGACUCGGCUCGUCAACCACGCGUACGAGCUGUACUUCAAGAACCAGACUUAUUAUAGAGUGGCUAACCUGGAUGCCAGGAUAGAGAAUGCAGAUCAUAGGUUAACAGAAGACGUGUCAGUAUUCACGCAGUCGGUGGCGCAUCUGUACAGCUCGCUGACUAAGCCGUGCUUCGACCUGCUCCUCAUAGUCUUGACCCUCGCCAGUUACUCCAGCAAGAUGAAAGGAAACAUAUUUAUUGGUCCCGGCAUAGCGACGGUGGUGAUCUGCCUCACCGGCCAGGUGCUGCGCCUGCUGAGUCCCAGGUUCGGCGCGCUGGCCGGCGAGGAGGCGCGCAUGAGGGCCAACCUGCGCCACGUGCACUCCAGCCUCAUCGCACACGCCGAGGAGGUCGCCUUCUACGGAGGGCACAAGGUGGAACUCGGUCAGCUCCAAUCAGCGUACAAAGAGUUAGUGGCGCAGAUGACGUCGGUGUUCAACAAGAAGCUGUGGUACGUGAUGCUGGAGCAGUUCUGCAUGAAGUACGUGUGGUCCGGCACCGGGAUGGUGAUGCUGGCGUUGCCGAUACUCACGGGCACGAGAGACGGUUCCACAGGAGAGAGUAUAAGCGCCCGCACGGAGUACAUGACGACGUCGCGGAACUUGCUCAACUCCGCCGCAGACGCCAUCGAGAGGCUCAUGUCUAGUUAUAAGGAGGUGGUGACGCUGGCGGGGUACGCGACGCGCGUGUCGGACAUGCUGGUGGUGUUCGGCGAGGUGGCGCGCGGGCGCUGCGUGCGUGCCGUACACGCCGCGCCGCAGCACCACCACAGCUUCCAGGUCACCUUCCGCGACAACCGCCCCGUGCCGCAGGGUACGAUAAUCUACACGGACGACCUGUCCAUCCACCUGCGCAGCGUGCCCAUAGUGACGCCGGCGUGCGACGUGGUGGCGAGCGGCGUGACGCUGGACAUCGCGCCCGGCACGCAUCUCCUCAUCGUCGGACCUAACGGCUGCGGCAAGUCUAGCCUGUUCCGCAUAAUCUCCGGGUUGUGGCCGGUGUUCGGCGGCGAGCUGUCGGUGCCGCGGCCGUGCGCCUGCGCACACUGCGCCGACGAGACCAACCUCGCUAGCGACAACCACUGCACCUCGCGACCCAUCAUGUUCUACAUACCGCAGAGGCCGUACAUGUCGGUGGGCUCGCUGCUGGACCAGGUGACGUAUCCGUCGCGGGCGCCGGCGGCGGACGCGGCCGCGGAGGCGCGCGCGCGACACAUCCUGCGCCUCGUGCGCCUCGACGCAUGCGCGGCGCGCCACGGCGGCCUGCGCGCCGUGCGCGACUGGCGCCAGACGCUCUCCGGCGGCGAGAAGCAGCGCAUGGCCAUGGCGCGCAUGUUCUACCACAGGCCGGUAUACGCUCUGCUGGACGAGUGCACGAGUGCCGUGUCCAUGGAGACGGAGGUCGUCAUGUACGAGGAGGCUGUCAAGGAGGGCAUCACCCUGCUGUCCAUCACGCACAGGCCGAGCGUGUGGAAAUACCACACGCACGUGCUAGAAUUCGACGGCGCUGGCAGCUGGUCGUUCCGCAAGCUCGACAAGGACGCGCCACCAUCACCACCGCCCUCACCAACAUCGGGCCCGCCACCACCAUCGCCGCCGCCGACGACCACUGAUCCCGCCGCUGCGAUGUCCAUCUCUGGUGCUGCAGGUGACGGCGCCACACCCGGUAAUGGACAGUGUAUAGUGAACUGUGUUGUGGAUGUGGCUGUGUGUUCGAUAGCACCGGUUUGGAGCAGUGAGUCUUCAGAAACUCGUGUAUUCAAUUUUUAACAUAGUGAUACUUCCAAAUAUAUGAAUAGACAUGAACUAUUGAUGGUCUUUAGUGACGUGUAUAUAAAAUAAGGUAAAGGCGGUUACAUAUUGGCAUGUGAGCGCAUAUGGGCUCGUAUUGAACCUUAUUUGUAUACCAAUACGGAGGGUAAUGCACAGGCUCAUUCGGUCUAGAGUAGGAGUCGUGUGAGCAGGUCCCGUGAAUACGAGCUAACACGAGUUAAAUCUAUACUAAUAGUAAACUCUUUUGAGGAUGGAUCCAUCAGCAAUUACUUAAAUAAAUGUGAAAUUUCUAGCGAGACUUAUACACUGUUGGUAAUUGCGAAUUAAUAUUACAGAGACUAUAGUUACGUACAAAACUCGUACAUACUCGUGUAAGUGGAUUAUGAACGAAUGGUUUACAUGAGGUAUUGUUGAUUAAGACGAAAUAAACCUGGGCUUGGUAACUGGACAAAUACAGUCAGACACGAAAGUAGCUAAACAAUUUCAGGACUUUAUAUUUUUGCUUUAUGUUAGUGAAGAAAAAAGAUUGUUAAUUAGGACAUAAAAGUUUAAAAGUGGUUUGAAAUUUCGAAUUCGUUCAAUUACUUUUGUUGUCGACUACAUUAUACGUACUCAUACUGAGAUGGAAGUGUUUUGAAGGAUUUUAGAGAUAUCUUUGCCUUAUAAAUCUUCUGAAGUGGAAUACAUGUUAACUUCUGCAACAUUACUAUAUCAAAUAUUAUGAGGCAAUUGAAAGAAAUAUUGUGUAUCAAAAUGGAAUAAUAAAUGGUAUAAAAUCAUUUGUCCACCUCGUUUACGCUAAAUUUACGUAAGUAAGAAACUAUUAAAGUUGCCGCCAUACAAGACAAAGAGUUUGCGAUGAACUGCUAAUUUCUAUAGUGUUGUGCAGUUAUUUUGAAUAAUCAAGGGUGUUUUAAUGGCUAAAACUAUAACCUUGUUAUGUAUUUUUUAUUUCUAAUAAGUUACACAUUAAAAAAAAACUAUUUACGGUUUUUAUCGCGAUUUUUUACAUUGUAAUUGUUUCCCGACAUUUUGAGUACUUUGCAGACUUCUAUACAUGUUCUUUUACAAAAUUUUGUAUAAUUAAAAUAUAGGUAGAUAUUAUAACUUUGACUUAUGUUGACUAUCACCUCAGUCGCCGUGACAAUGAAGGCUGUCUUCGAAACGUCGGGAGAAAUUUAUAAUAUAAAUAAUAUCGCGAUAAAAUCAGUAAAAAAAAUAUUUCAAUGUCUAACAUUCGCGUAAACAUAAGAAAUCAUUACAAUUAGUCACUGUUUGACAGCUUGCACAAUAAACUGCCACGUCGCAAACUAUUUGUCUGUGUUCGUCAGAAGGUAGUCCUUUGUAGCAUAUUCAAAUAAGAUCGGUAUUAGUUACAAACUUUUUCACCAGGUAGCAGCACGUUAGACUACAAAUAAGAAAUAGAAAGUUUACUUUACGCGGAUGUGGGUGCGUUGAAGUAUUUAUUGUAGAUUGAUCCCUAAAUUAGACAACUUUAUUAAUAAAUGUGGUAUUUCAUUCCGCUCGGAUAAUGACCACCGUACACAAGGUGUUAAAAUCCGCCAGAAUGGCCCACAUGUGUCGCGCCCUGGGAUCAGCCUGUGUAUAUCCAACAGGCCGGCAUAAUUGUGUCGACUGUCCAAGGGUAAUUAUCUCUCGUCAGUCGAUAUUCUAUUGGACCCCACUCCACUCACCAUCAGGUGCAGUGGUCACUUUGCCGGGGCAAUUAAAAAAAAGUAAGCAAAUGGUCACCAAUACGGUCCACAUGCACGCUCCUAUGAGCUAUCCCUACAAGCUCUCGCGUUCUUUUCAUCUGUACCCGCCAUAACACACCCACAUAUGCGUAAAUCAGACACCAUAACAAUUACAUUGGUGCACGACACGUCGUCCCAGCUUUCAUCAACUGGACCAUGUUGUGAAGAUACCGACCCACAUAAUACUAAUAUGAAGCAAUCAUUUUAAACUAUCGAAAAUGAUGCGUAUUCCUGGGUAAAAUGUGUUAUACCAAUGCGUUUUUAAAACUAUUAAUAGUAUUGUUAGAGUGAAAUGAGUCUUGGUUACAUAAGAAUACAAAUUAUUUUCGUUGGAGCCUAUACUUCUUUUUUACACUGUGGGUGGCAUUAUAUCUGCAUAACAUAGUCCAAUUAAUGGAUGUAACCAUAGUUGGAAUGUUGGGGACGCUAGAACCAUAAGAGCUAAUUAAAUUAGAGGAAAUCCUGUAUAAUAAGAGUAUGACUCUCACAGCCAAAAAACAUUCCCAUUCGCUAUCUUUCGAUCGAUCGUGAACAUACACCAAUCAGAAGAGAUUCUAAGCCGGCAUAAUUAAGACUGACGAGGGAAAAACACCUCUUGUUAAUCGAUAUUCUAUUUGGACGCCAUUACGCUUCCCAUCAGGUACAGUGUACAGUGGCUACACUUUGGCGUACCUAUAUAAUUGUGUCCAACAUGUUGAAAGGCUUAUUUUGAUUGGUUAUAUCUCUGGAUUGAACCGAAGAUAGCGUUCGAGAUCGAUUAUGCGGCCGUUAGUGUAAGAAACUAUGAAUUCUUUGUGGAUAUUGUGAUUUUAUGAAAUCCUAUACCAGUUUUAAUUUAGAAAAAUAUUACCAUUAAAUGUUGUUGAGCAGUAUUUAAUCAAUGAUCAUGUUAAGUACUGUUUAACAAUGUUUUUUGGUAAUUAGUUUUAAGUGACACGAUGAUUUUAUAUGCAACGGAGUGAUGUGACGACAUUUUGAAUAAAUUUCAAUUUAGAAUCUCGCGCUUUCAAACCAAUAAUAAUAUUAAAGUCAUCCAAUUAUUAUGCUUCCAAUAAUAUUUUAUAAGGAGUAUUUAUUCUAAAGUCUUUUAAUAUUUAUUUUUAUUUAUAUUUUCGAUGAAACUUUGAGGGACAGUGAUUUAUAUGAUUUUUGAUCUUUUUUUUAUCAAUUUACAAGAUAUGGAGUUUCCACACUUUGUGUAUUUCUGUUUGUAUAGUUUAUUAUGUUUGGAAAAAUGCUAUAAAGGUGCUUACACACGGAACUAUUUAACGGUAAAAAUGAUGUAUGUUAGUUGUUUUUUGUAUUUUUAAGCACGUAAGCUGUUGGUUCUGCGCCUGAUCUCUCUGGUCAUGUCGGAUUGCCGUCUCACCGGACUAUGAGAAAUUCAUCUAGGAGAGAUUCAUGUUAAGGAAAGUUAUUAUCACUAUUGUAAGCAUUUUAGUCUUAUUAGCCCAGAAUAUUUUUAAGGAGGCCGAUUAUCAUGCCUAAAUUUUCUAGAACGUUCCGAGCUAACAAUUAAUUGCGUGUAAAAAGUAUUUACAGUGUUGUUUAUUUUUAUAAGUAUUUUUAUUAUUUUUAUCACAUAUGUUUAAAUAUAUUUAUAAACUUAUUUUACAAUUAUAUUCUUGGAUAAUUCCGAGAGGUAUUUGAUGGCUGAAACACACAAAUAAAAAUAACAAGAAUAAUAAAAAUAUCAAACAUUUUGCCUUUAAAAAAGGACAAGGUCCCUAAACAAGACACCAACAAACAAAUUUUAAUUUCAAGUUAUGACACGCGAAUUAUUUUAUUUUAUUGCACUUCAUACAAAACAUGUAAAGGUGGACUUAAUGCAAGAGUCAUUCAUUCUCUACCAGUCAACCUGUAGUGGUGCAGAGAUGAAACAAAGAAAGAAUUCCAAACUGUCGUCACAUUAUUCGAUAAUGAUUUUAUGUUUACGAGAUUAUCAAUAUGGCUGUUGUUUAUUAUUUUUAUGUUUGUUUUCGUCCAUUAUCAAAGGAUACAUAUCGUAUGUAAAUUUAUAUUUAUUUAUGCCGCGGCAUCUUGUGAAUAUUUUAGUUUUAUCGAGAGGUUAUUAUGGAAAUUAGAAGAGAAUAAAGUGGGUUUUUUUAUUUGUA